GUUUUCAGUUGAUCAUGUCUGAGAAAAUUGCUGAAGGUUUUGGAAACAACGGAGAGCUAUGCGAAUAUCACUAUUCGUUCGUUCAAGACGGAAAGUUGACUUUGGUGGGGCGCAAAUACGUCGCUCAACCAAAUCACAACUGGGGACAUCGCGUGGCUUUUGCAGGAACUUACGUUCUGACUUUUGAUAAGGAAUCCAACAAAUGGGAGAGACAUGAUUUCCCGGAGCUCGUAAGCGAAGAAAACUCGGAAGAAGUGUUGUUUGUUCGUGACAAUCAGCUUUAUCUUCUCGCUUUUGUCAAUUUUGGAGCAAUUGGAUUCCAAAAGUUGUUCAGAUGGGAUAGUAAUUCUUUCAAUGAGGUUUUGUUAAAUGCCCCAGAAACCAAAACCCUCACUGAGACUCAAAGAUUUGAAGUUAUCGCUGCUGCUGGAACUUCUUCAAAUGGUGAAACUAUUCUUCUUCUCAAAGACGACAAUUGUCACAUUCAAAUCUAUUCUCUCACUGUCAAUGGAGCUUCUUCUACUGUCGAAAACAUCUCGCAAAUUCACUCUGAUGACAACCAUUUGAGAGGAUCUCCAGUAAUUGCUGAGACUGUCAAUGACAAAGUGCUCAUUAGCUACGCUGUUCAUGGAUGUGGAUUCAAUUGGGAGAAAACUCGUUUCUUCGUUUUUGACUUGAAAUCAAAAACAGCUCGUCAUGUUGAUAUUGAAGGAGAGUACAGUUCUCUUCCCCAAUACGGUUUCGUUGGUCCAAACUGCUCAUUUGUUGACAAGAAGACCAAUUCUUUCAUUGUCGCUGGUGGCCGUGUUCAAAAAGGAAUGACGGGAAGCGCUUUCUACGGAGCCGUUUGGGCUCUCAAAGGAAACAUUUUUGACGAUAAGUCUACUUUGGAGUGGGUCCAACUUCCUCAAACUGUCGAAGAGGGAGAGCAUAUUUUUGACGGUUCAACUCUUUACACUGUUAACAAAGCUGCAGUAUCAAAAGUUCAACUUGAUUCGAUCUAAAUUGUUUAAUGUUUUAAUGUAUUUAAAAUUAUAUUUUAACCUACUGUGAUUUAUGGGAAUCUCUGAAAUAAUUUCUGCCAGUAAUAAAAUUGAAAUAAUUGGAUUGGGAGUAAGUUUUAUGUUUGACAAUUGAAUAAAUAUUCAGUACAGUUAU